GUUACUUAGAGGCACGACUUUGUUAAUGUGCUUAAUGCAUCAUGGCUGUAAGUUUAUAACUCGCUAGUUGUUUGAGGCUUGAAGAAAAUGGCUUGUAAAGGAGAAACAUCGGUUACUCAGACCAUUUGUGAAGAUUUCCUCACGUGCAACAUAUGUUUUAAUAUUUAUGAUCGUCCAAAAAUCCUCCCCUGUGUUCACACGUAUUGCUCCCCUUGCUUGGAAAAACUAAUGAAAAUAUCAACUAAACCUGUUUCAGUACUCUGCCCAGAAUGUAGAGAGCAUGUUGUUUUACCGAAGGGAACAGUGUGUGACCUAAAAGCAAAUUUGUUAAUCAAUGGUCUAAUAGAUGUUCUGAAAGCGAAAACCGACCAAGACAUCAAAUGUACAACUUGUAAUCUGAGAGGAAAGAUUUCACUUGCCAAAAGUCGCUGUUUGGAUUGUGGAGAUUACUUAUGUCCAAGUUGUUCUGGUGGACACAAUGCCUCUUCCACGACUUGGAACCACAAGGUGGUUCUCAUGGAAGAACUCAAAGGAGGAUCUUAUGACAAGGAACUCAGAAACGUUCACAGAUUAACCUGCUCAGAACACAAAGACAAAAUCGAGUAUUUCUGUGAAGUAUGCCAAAUACCAAUAUGUUUAGCUUGCAAUUUGUUUAAGCAUCGAGACCAUACAUCUGUAACUGUGUCCGAGGCAGUUGCUAUUCGGAAGAGGCGACUUGUUUCACAUGCUGGAAGAGUUAGACAAAUAUUACAGGAAUUUGAAACUGAAAAACGGGUAGCCUCUUCAAAUUUUCUCUUUGUAAAGAGAAAUAAGGAUGUAGCUUUAUCAAAGAUAGAAGACACGAUGCUACAAUUGUUAGCCAAAGUACAAUACCAGAAAGGGGAUAUUUUACAUUUGAUGAACAACGUGUUAAUGUGUGAAAAGACACAAUACCAAUCCCUUGUGGAAAACAUAGGUGUCAAAAUAUCUCUAGCAACCAGCUGUAUGGAUUUUUGCUAUAAAAUUAUAGAAGACGGCAGUGACGAGGAGAUUAUGUAUCUAGAACAGACCGUUACAAAACGUCUCCAUAAACUAGCAGAGACACCGUAUUUUGUGGUAUCGUCAGAUGAAACAUAUGAAAAAGAAUACAAAGAUAAUGAAUUUAAACUGUGCGAGAAACCAGAGGAGAUCUCACAAGAUGUGGUCACUGAGGAAUCGGUGGAAAUAUUACAAGAUGUGGUCACAGAGAAACCAGAGGACAUCUUACGAGAUGUGGUCACAGAGAAACCAGAGAACAUCUUACGAGAUGUGGUCACAGAAAAACCAGAGGACAUCGCACAAGAUGUGGUCACAGAGAAGCCAGAGGACAUCGCACAAGAUGUGGUCACAGAGAAACCAGAGGACAUCGCACAAGAUGUGGUCAUAGAGAAACCAGAGGACAUCGAACAAGAUGUGGUCAUAGAGAAGCCAGAGGACAUCGCACAAGAUGUGGUCACAGAGAAACCAGAGGAUAUCUUACGAGAUGUGGUCACAGAGAAACCAGAGAACAUCUUACGAGAUGUGGUCACAGAAAAACCAGAGGACAUCGCACAAGAUGUGGUCACAGUGAAGCCAGAGGACAUCGAACAAGAUGUGGUCAUAGAGAAACCAGAGGACAUCGCACAAGAUGUGGUCAUAGAGAAACCAGAGGACAUCGCACAAGAUGUGGUCAUAGAGAAGCCAGAGGACAUCGCACAAGAUGUGGUCACAGAGAAACCAGACGACAUCGCACAAGAUGUGGUCACAGCCAACAUGGAAUCCACAAAAAAUACUUCCUUCCAACUUAUAAGAUCUUUUGAUGCGAUAUUCGAGAGCGAUAUAUAUGUACCUUUUAUAUCAGGAAUGACAAUUUCUGAUAAAACUAUUCUGAUUUCAGACAAGGCAAAUGGUAAAAUUAAAUAUUUCUCACUGACCGGUGUUAUGAAACAAGCUAUUACCGUUGGACAGCUUACCCCAUAUGCAACAGCUGUAUGUAGAGGUGUCCUUGGUGUCAUUAGUGUCAUUAGUGAACAUGUUCUUGUCUUGUUUAGUGAAAACAUUAAAGAGACACAACGGAUUCUGUUGUGCACAAACACUCCUGGUGAGGCGCACCUUGCAUCGGCUCUUGCAAAUUACAACGACGAAGCUUUUGUUGUUGGUAAUUUAGACGACAAUAAUUUGAGUAUGUAUGACAUUGAUGGAACCCUUAAACAACAUUUGCCAGUGAAUCUUUCACACCCUGUCACGAAUCUCAGCGUUGAUAAUUCUGGCAACCUAAUCACGUGUGAGUGGACAGAUAACGCACUCAGAGUUUGGACUCCUGAAGGAAACAUGGUUAAACAUUGUAGCGGAACAUCUGACUGGAGGGCAAAUGAUGCCAAUGUUGACAGAAAUGGUCUUAUUUAUGCCGUUGAUAUGUUUGCAUCUACGAUAUGGGUGUUUGACAAAACUGGAUCUGCAUUACUUCAGUAUGCAACAAAACAAGAUGGCUUGGAAAACCCCGUGAAUCUCUCGUUUGAUGACGAUGGUUUACUGUAUGUAAUAAAUGACAAAGGACACGUGAAUGUGUAUAGAACUGUUAUUUAAAUAAAGGCAAAUAAAUAAAUAUGUCGGUGUAUUUGUGAAUAAAUUCUACCUAGAGAGAA